CGGGAACGUAUCUGUCCAAGGCUUCCUCGUAGUCGUUGACGGCCUUCUUGACAGCAUUAUCGUCGUGAUUCAAUCUCGCUUCCUGAACCUGCUUAGUCGCUUUACGCAAUGCUUCUAAGAUGUAUCGGUCGUGACGAAGAGUAAUAUAAUAAUAUUGCUUCAGUGAACAACGAUAUGACGAAGUGCGAAUUGAAUCAAAUAUUUCUGGGCGAAGUUGCGUCCAUUCAAAAUUAUGGAGCUUUUGUCAGAAUACCGGGUACCCCGCAACAAGGUUUAAUACAUCGGUCACAGGUAAGCUCGGCUCAUGUCGACAAUGUUGCAGACGUUUUGCAAAAGGGCGAACGAGUCUGGUGUAAAGUGAUCUCUGUAGCAGAGGAUGGCAAGAUAGGGCUGUCUAUGAAACAUGUAAAUCAAGGAAAUGGCAUGGAUUUAGAUCCUAAUGGUGUGGAGUUACAAAGGGACCUACAACGGCGAAAAACUCCAGGAAUGGUUCAGCGUAAAGCUAUACAGUUGGAAGCAGUACUCAAUACCACAUGCUCAAAGUGUGGGACAAGAGGACACUUGUCCAAAGAUUGUUUCAUGUCUCCUGAUGGAAAAAAAUAUGAAUUGAUUCCAGAAGUUGAGGAAGAAAUUGUUCCCUCACAUCCAGUCGAGGAGAAGGUGGAGAAAAAGGAAGAGAAGAAGCAUAAAUUGAAAAAGAAAAAGAAAAAGUCCAAGAAGAGUAAACAAUCUACCAAUGACUGUGACAUGGAAGAUAAAGAGAAAAGUAAGAAGAAGGUAAAAAAAUCUUUUAAAGAACGCAAGAAGCAUAGAAAAAAACACGACAGCAACUCAAAUGAUUCCUCCGAUAGCUCAUCAUCCAGUCAUGAUGUGAAAGCUCAUAAACGAAAACACUCAGAGGACUCUGAAACUCAUACAAAAAAAUACAAAUAUUCCAAAACCAAGCAUCCAGAUUAAUUGAUGUCAAACAUUUUUUUCAUAGAUAAAACUUAAUGUGUUCUAUGUAUAUGAUAAGCAAAUACUGGCAUACAAAACACAUGAAAUGAUUAUAAGCAUUUCAUGUUUAAGUUGAUAUUUAAU